AUGCCUCCAAAAAAGAAAUCCAAGCGCGCACAUUCGCCCACACCCCAAGAUGACACCAUGGCGGAGUCGAGCGCAAACACCCCGUCAAGCGACAGCGCCGACAAGACAGACACAGACUACAACCUCAUCACAGAUCCCUGGACAGACGAGCAAGAGACCGCGCUACUCAAAGCGAUCAUAAAAUGGAAACCAGUUGGCCUGCAUAAACACUUUCGAAUGCUCGCGAUCUCAGAUUACUUAAAGAGCCAAGGAUACGCACCUUCUACGGCAGAGCAUAUGCGGAUUCCAGGUAUCUGGAAGAAGCUAGGCUCCCUAUACAAUUUAGAAGCUCUUGACGAGCGGGAAGAUUCAGUGAUCACCGAUAUCAACGAAGACGAUGAAGGAACAAGCGAGAUGUAUUGCACGUUUGAGCUCCCGUAUGACGAGUACGGCGAUAUGAUGUUUGAAAGGCGGCUUGCGAUGGAAGAGUCAUUGUCGCCAGUCACUAGUCGUGCCAGUCGCGCAGGCGGAUCACGACGAGGGAGUACAGUCGCCGAUACAGAUGAACCACGGUCUUCUCCUGUCCCGUCACGAGGCCGUAUGCCCCGUCCUUCCACGCGUGGAACACGCUCAACUCGGCUGCAGGUGGAAAUCGGUCCCGGAAAUCAAGGCAAAUUGUCUGACGAAGGGGGCGAUUCGGCAGAAGACACUGGUGCAAAUGAUGAGGAUGACGAGGAAGGUGAUGAGGGCUCUGAAGGCAAUAGUGAGGAAGAUGAGGACGAGGGCGAAAAAGGUGGUUCGCGAAGUACCAGAGCACAGACAUCUCGAUCCAAAGCCAAAGAUAAGAGGCCUUCAGCUGGCACUGCGACACGCAGGACUGCCCGACGCCGUUAA